UGCGGAGCCGCGAAGGACGCCGCGGCGGCGGGCGGCAGCCCCGGGGAAGGGGCCCGGGCCGGGCUGCCCGCGAGAGCAGCUCGGCGGACGGACGUCCGGCUGUCCCGGGCAAGGAGCCGCGCGGACUAGUACCCGCCGCGGCUCGGUAACGCGCUCGGCUGCGUCUUUAAGCGUGUCCGGGCGGGCGGCCAGGAUGGGAGGGCUGCGGCCCCGGCUGACACCACCUCCCGGCGGCUGCCCGGGGCAGGAAGCGCAGUUGUUUACAGGCUGCCCAAGUGAUCUGAGGAAAACCAAAAAAGAUGUGGCCAUUCUGGGGACUGGAACUGAACCGAACCCGCUGUGACCUGCUCUUCACAGAAGCCAUCAAUCAAAGCAUGCAGGUACCCAACAGGCUGAAGGUAGCAGAUGGCUUCAGCCCUGUUGACGAGGAGCCAACGACAGAGGAUGUCCCUCCUUCCUUUCGGAUGCACAUCCCAGAUAGGAUUUCUCUUGCAGAGAUAAUGGAUGCUGGUCCGAGGCCCAUCCUGCUAGGCCAGCAAAGGAAGGUCCCCUCUAUUGUGGUGCACGAAGCCCCAGACUCCUCCGUUCAGCCCACUGCACUUGGGGAGUUCCCUUUUCUGAAUGUAGCCAGCAGAUCAAGCUCCCAGAAACGCAAGCGGCCGGGCCAUCACAGCAGCAGGUGGCGGCGGGAGAGGACUCCAAGUGACUGUGCCCAGCUGGCUUUGCACAGCCCAGGCCAGCGCCACGAGCGGCUGGACACAUACCCCCUACCCACUCGUGACACCCCGCUCCCCCUCCUCAUGCAGACGGGCAGGAUCUACUCUGUGCAGAACAUCUUCCAGACCAUGUGCCUCCUGGGCCAGGUGCUCUUCCACCGUGUCCAGAAUUCUCUGCGAGACCCAGUGCCAUCCAGCUCCCAGGAGGCUGGCUCAGCCUUGGAAAGCUCCCUGGAGGAGGUGGGCAUGGCUGAGAUGGCAGCAAUGAGAAAACAGUUGACGAGGAUCUCAGGGAGGCUCCGGGUGCUGGAGGAGCAGUGUAACAGCUGGCGUCAGAAGGAGGCUCUGGUCUACUCUGUGCUGAUCUCUGCCUGCCUCAUCAACACAUGGCUGUGGCUGAGGAGAUGAAGAUUUGCUGUAGCCUUACUUUCCCUCCCCAGCCUGGCAGGGCGGGUGAGAGCAGGGACAGGAUCCUUGCUCAAAUACUUGUGAACAGUAAAGCUAUGUGCUUUUUUUCCCCUUAACUUGAUCUACUUUUCUCACUCUAGGCCCUUGAUGAUUUGUUUCCUUUAGGCCCUGAUUACAAUGAAGAUGGCAUCUUUUUUCUCAUACUCUAGCAUCAGAAGCAGGUGAGAUGAAAAGGAUGAAUCCAGACCCUGUGCCAGAGCACCUGGAGAUAGGUGUUAGGGAGAGAUGGGGAAUGACAAUGAAUAUGGCCCAACAGGCCUAGUCCCAGGGCUGAGCUAUGACUGUAACUGCUCUGUGAACACUAGCAACCAUGUUGCCUGUUUGAUGGAGUCAAUGCUUGCCUGGGAAGACGCUGUGAAGGUCUCGUAAGAAAUAGAUGGUAAUAGAUACAGUAAGUGUCUGUAGUGUGGGAAGCAAUGGGAUAUGCUGUACCCCUUGGGCUGUCUGCCGGAGGAGGUGCAGAACCAAGGCGAUGAGUGUUUGUGGACAUCAGAUCCUGCUACAGUUUUGGACAGUGGUGGACCUGGCCACCUUCCCAGGAUCCCAGCGUCCCGGCUUGGACAACUCAGUUCUGACCCCCAAAAUUCCUCAGCCAAUUAUUGUAAUCUCUUCCUCAUCUUUUUUCCCCCAAAGCUUGUACAGAGUACUUGUACAUUUUUAUACUGCUGAUAGAUUUCAUUUUCUUCCUUGAGCAAUUGUUCUUAAGUGGAUCUAAUACUGCCAAUUAUCCUAUGCCAAGAUAGCCCCUGCUGUAGGAGGGAUGAAUCUGGUGGAGUUGGGAGCUCCCAUCCCUCCAGCUGCUGCUGUGCCACCAUCUCCUUGGCUCCCAUCCUGUUGGAUGCAGCUCAGCAAAGGGUUUGCAGAUUUUGAGAUCCAAAGUGACUCUAAGAGUGAGGUCUGGGCUUAUCCAGGAGCUUGGUAUUUCUCAGUGAUAUUUAAAUGAAAAACCUCCCCAUGGUGACUUUCUGGAUAAUAAGACCUCGUAACAACAUUAAUAGCACCAGACAGGCCGUGGAAAAUUGCCUACUUGGUCAGCAAUAUAAAUUUAUUAGGUUGCCAAUGCCAGAGGGUAAGAUCACUCCCAGAAUGGCUGCCAAACUGCAACUUCAGCAGCGGUGCAAUAAUACAGGUGGGAGGAAUUCUUGGCGCAGAUACUCUUUAGCUAAUGACUAGCCCAAUUCAACAGCUUUGCUGUAUCUUUAUUUCCUUGGAAUUUAGCCCACUUGGAUCUGCAGUGGGCUUUGCCGCUUGGGUACAACAUGCCUGGCUGGACAUGCUCAGAGGCAGUCACAUUCCCCCCACAACCCUCUCUGUCAGAAUGGGUUUGGGUGGAGGUGAACUGAAACUGUUGAUACCACCAUACCACCAUGAAGCCACAAGCUCUUUAGAGAACUGCAUGAAGACAAGGUCACCCUUGGAAUGUAAGAGGACAAGGUAGGAGUGGAGGAAAGAGAACUGACACAUGGAAAAUGGUGUGCCUGGAGGUCAAGGGAUGCUUUGUGCAUGUAUUCGGUGAUGAUACUUGAAAUUCAAGGCUGCAAUGAGGUGACUUCGAGAUAGUUUUGGUGGUUUAUCCAGAACAUCUGUAGGCUUGGGGUCAGGUCUUGGCAAUGCUUUAAAGGGAACGCUUUGUUCUACCUAUGAAUAAUUAUAGCUGGAACUGCAGGACAUCCAGAUGUCCCAAUUACUUAUUUACAGACAUGGAUACUUAGGUGUUUUAUGCCUACAGUUGCAUCAACUAUCUGUGCCUGUAAAUCUGGCAGCCAGACAUUUACUAAUAAAUAACUGUCCCACAAGUAAUUGCAGGUCUGAACCAGUGGCCCCGUGGCCAAUAUCUGAGCUGAGGAGAGAGGUGAGAUUUAUUGUGGAUGAGAGCCAAGAUCUUCUGAUGGCUGGGCUGGCUCAGAGGGCAGCAGCAGGGUGUACAUAAGAGACUGCAUGAGUGCCUCUGGGAAGAUGAUUCCCUGUGGCUCAUGGCUAAGGGAUGCAGUUGGAGUUACCAUGGGACCUUGCACAAAUUCGUAUACCAAUUCUACCUACAGCUCUUCUGGGGUGACUGGAGUGCAGUUGGCUAGGCUGACACUCCAGCUCACUGGGUUUUCUGGAGAGGCAGGAGAGGGAAAUAGUCCAUUUUGCCAUCUCUCCUUCUCUCUUUAUACACAUGAUUUGAAGAGGGAGCUGCCACAUCCUCUGUGAGAGUUGCGCCAGGAAACUGCAUUGUUUGGAAAGUGCUUGUUUGGCUGGUUCCUCUUCUCUGAGAACUGAAAAUGUGCUCUGGAAGAAGUGAUUUUUUGUUGUUGUUGUUGUUGUUUUUAUUUUUUUCCCAAAUUGUAGUUCGAGGUGAGAAGGGCUGACCCUUUGGGGACCCAACACCUUCAAAGUGUGCACUGAAGACACUAGAGGGGAGGUGAUCCAAUCCUGUAUGUGUUCUUGAAGGCUAAUUAUUGACAUGUUAAGAAGGAUACAAUAUGGCUUUUUCAUAAGGCAUGCUUCCUGGUGUAAAUCUGGAAACACUGAUCCAUAAAAUAUGUAUUAGAAUAAAC